AUGGAUGAGGGAGACACGGGAUAUACUGCAGGGGUCUUUAUUGGUCCUUUUACCAGUCCAGAAAAACGGUUCCUGGCUGUCCCUAUUGCGACUCCUUCGCCGCUUCGUCGUUCUCCGCGUCAUUCCAGUCCAUUACUAGUACCACAAGUCAACGAUAACAGCGCUCCUAUGGAAGUGGAUGAAGGGCCUUCACGCUCAAGGUCAGCGACACCAGAUAAUGAUGGAUGGCAAGACGAGCCUUCCUCUGUGUUGGCAUCGAGAGUUGCUCGUGCCCACGACAACCCUUCGCCUCCUCCCCAGGAAGCAGACUCGAGGCCACCCACUCCUCAGAACCAAGAUCCAAUCCCAUUCCCACUAGCUAUCCACAAUCCCGCCACAGUUGCCGCACCAGCAUCUCCGUUUCCACCCAUACUAGAUGUCCCCACCGCUAAUCUAAUCUCUUUCGACUCUUCAUUGACAGAGGUGCUACCAACUCCCCAACCCUCUCUGUCGAAUGCGCCAUCCAUAGACGAGUUGCUUGGCGCAUGGAGCCCGUCAGGCCAGCAACAAAGAACGACCGAAAGUAGCACGCCAGAAACAGAAGAACUCCAGAUUGUGGCAGACUCUUUAAUCCCCCCCAGUGACUCGGAUGCUGACAGCGGGGCCCCAGUGACUCCCCUAAGGCGGUCAACCCGACCGAGACGGAGUACUCCCCAUGCCCAUCUCGUUCCAUUACCACUCAGCGACGACGAAUCGACACCGACCAAAACUUCUCCACGGACACGACGGAAAGGAAAAGAGAAGGAUGUAGAAAACGCAGCUCUAGCUAAUGCUAUGCUACCGGAGGAUGACCUGCCAAAGAGAAACAAGACGCCCAAGAAACCAUCGACGGUGUUUGGACAUCGCCAACUCGGAUCGCUCUCUCCUGGCUCGGCCAAUGUUCUCUCUCAAUUAUCUGGACCCACUCCCUUCGCCGAACCAGACGAAACACAGAGACCAUUCUCUUUCUCGGUUUUUGCGGCAGAAUCAACUCCUCAGCCGUCAUCUCCGAUGCGCGCCAGCCCUCCACGAAAUUCUCGACCUAACUCACCAUUGCGGCUACAGUUUCAGACGCAGUCAACAGAAAACGUUCUCCAAUCUCCCGCUCGUCGAAUACCUGUGGAAGAAGCUGUUGCAAGCGGACAGAUUUCCCCACAGAGAGGAGCCCAACUUCUUUCAGGCGUCACAAAUGUCGGCUCUUCGUCGAAAGUCCCGGUUUUUCAUAUUCCGCCUCAAGAUUCUCCACCACGGCGUAUCCAGUUGAUACCACCGACACCAAGCCAGGGAAAAUGGCAGGGGAUGAGAUUUGGCAGCCCAACGCGCAGCAAAUCACCAGAACGCGCGCCAUCAGUCGAGGCACGCCCACCUUGGAACGGUAGUACAAGUGGAGCACCGCGUGGCGCUUCCACUUCACGAACAAAUUCCUCACCAACAAAGGACAAACUGCCAUUUCCUAUAAGAUCUACGGUCUCUGAAUCUUCUUCUAACGCCAACUCUGGACCGUCUACAGAACCACCGCCAACCACGAUAAAGAUCCCAAGGUCAACUCUCAAACAACCUACAAGUCGCAUUCCGAGAAUUGGUCAGAAACCAUAUGCUCGCCCAAAUAUCAAUGUAUCAGCGGCCACAAAGCUUGGGCCGGAACAAGCCACAUCAAAAGUUGGCAAAGUGAUCAGAGUUGUGAAUACGACGAGCUCGCAGUCGGCUGAAGCGGGUCCAAGUAAUUUGAAGCGCAAACGACCUCCCUCGCCACAGAAUAAAACUCGACCCACCACUUCCCGUCAAAUUCCGCCUCAGAAUGUUGUUCCGAAUGCACAAGCAGCCUCUGCUUCUACGUCGAUCCCCAGUCCGGUAAAACGAGUGCCAGUCACAAAACCACGCGUGGUUGAGCUUCAUCGACCAGUUGGCAUAGAGGCCCAGUCAAAAGCGGAGAGCAGCAGUGACGGUCUGAUCAAACCGGCGACUCCCACACUCAAAUUCCAGGCAGUUGACCUGCAUGCCUCAUCUAUAGCAUCAUCAUGUCGGGAUAACUCACCAGAACUCGUCACAGAGCUCACCCCUCAGUUAUCACGAGAAAUCCCACAGUUGGUUCACAAUAUUUCUAUACCUGAAGUCGCAAUUCCGCCGCCGCCAUCGCCAUCACCUUCCCCGACACCCCCAAUAGACAUUCCGCCGCCAGAAGAGACUCUACGUCGAACAACACGUGUAAGAAGAUCGCUUUUCCCAACCACCGAUCCCCCACAGCCGGUGCCUACGCGAAGAAAAGCAGCACCAAUCUUUCCAUCGUUACUCUCAGGCCCUUUUGCUGGAAUGAGCGCUGUUGCAUUAAAAACUCUAACUUCCUCAAACACCACGAAGAACCAGCGUUAUUUGGCAGCGAAACUGGAGACGCAGGUGAUCAAGAAAGAUGGCGAUCGACCGGAGAGCCCUGGGAUGAAAGUAAAGACCGUCGCUCAGCGAGAAGCGGAUGAACGCAACGCAAAACGGGAACAAAGGGCAGCACGUAGAGCUGGGCAAGGUGAUGAUAUGACUGGAAGUGACGACAAGAUGGAUGUAGACAGCGACUUGGAUAGCUCACCGCUUAGACAUCAACGGGGACCUGGAGAUGAAGAAGACUAUGAAACUCCAAGACCGACUGGGAAGCGGCUUUGGUCUGGUGGCUCGAGCGAGGAUGAAGUUAUGGAAGAGAAGAAGAAGAGGGUCAAAUGGGAUCGUGGUCUGUCCACAUCUGUUUUCCUUGAUGAACUGGAACCGCAGCCUCGGAAAAGACCAAAGGAGGAGGUAACCCUGAAGGGCUGUCUUGCACCAACCGCCAAGGUACCCAAUCGCGGAAUUCACUUGCUCCUCUGUUUGACAUCUUCGCAGGCACUGAGGUUAGAUUCAAUGGGCAACCAUCCAAAGGCAGAAUCUCCAUUGCAAGAGCUCGUCGAGGAGAAUAUCGUGAUUAAGAAAUUUGUCUACGACAACGACGAACCCGAGCCGCCACCAGUCGUCCCCGUCAAGACACGUUCCAAGUCAAAGAAGAAGAGCUAG